CAAACUCCCUCAGCCUCAAUUCUCAACUAGAACGUAUAUUAACAUGUUCAAAUUGAUAACUCAGCAGAAUUCGAUUGAACUCUAGGCCCCACAGAGACUCUGUUCAGCAAUACCCAAGUUGAUUCAUCUUAACCUCAUCCAACCUUGUCAUUGCAACCGUCUCUCACUCUCAAGAUCCUAAACAUGGCACCACCAACAAACCGAGAUGAAAUCCUCUCCCGCUUCUGGAACCAAGUAAAGCAAGGGAAACCAAUUGUUGGGGCAGGAGCAGGAAUCGGCCUCUCUGCAAAAUGCGCCGAAGCAGGCGGCAGCGACCUGAUAAUAAUCUACAACUCAGGACGUUUCCGUAUGGCAGGGCACGGCUCACUCGCCGGUCUUAUGCCUUACAGCAACGCCAAUGAUGUCGUCGUCGAUAUGGCUCCCGAGAUUCUCGCUGCCGUCAAGCACACCCCAGUCAUCGCGGGGGUUUGUGGUACUGAUCCGUUCAAAGAUGUGCCGAGAUUCUUGAAGCAACUGAAGGAUAUGGGCUUUGCGGGUGUGCAGAACUUCCCUACUGUUGGGUUGAUUGAUGGGAAUUUUAGGACUAGUCUUGAGGAGACAGGGAUGGGAUUUGGGAAGGAGGUCGAGAUGAUAAGAAUGGCGAGCGAGAUUGGAAUUCUGACGACGCCGUAUGUCUUUAAUGUCCAAGAGGCAGAGAUGAUGGCCAAUGCGGGUGCGGAUGUUGUUGUCGCGCAUAUGGGGUUGACUACUUCGGGGACGAUUGGAGCGAAGACUGGGAAGAGCUUGGAGCAGUGCGUUAAAGACGUUCAGGAGAUUGUUGAUACGGUAGUGAGGAUUAAGAAGGAGACCAUUAUAUUGUGUCAUGGGGGACCUAUUGCGGCCCCUGAGGAUGCGGAGUUUAUUCUGGGUCGUGUCAAUGGCUUGCAUGGGUUUUAUGGUGCAAGCUCGAUGGAGCGAUUGCCGGUUGAGGAGGCAAUUACGCGGAUCACGAAGAGCUUCAAGAACAUUUCUGUCGCGAAAUCUUAAAUUUAAGUUUGCUUCCGGCGUCUCGGCAGUACUAUCUGAAAGAAUGUACUGUUAUGCCCAC